AUGCCGCCAAAGAAGGUGCUCGGAGAAAAGCGCCUGACCGCGGAGGAGAAGAAGCGCAAGGAAGAAAAGGAGAAGCGCGAGAAGGAUAAAGAGCGGAAGGAGCGAAAGGCGCAGCUCGCGGCGGACAGAACGUUCGGUUUGAAGAAUAAAAACGUCUCCGCGAAAGUCGCGGCCAAGGUUGAUGAUUUGAAACGGGACGCGCCGACCAAGGAGGCGGAACGCGCGCGCGCCGAGGCGCGCGCGCGCGAAAAGAAGAAACAGAAGGACGCGGAAGAAGCCGCGAAGCGAGAGUUGGAAAUUCUGAUGGGGGUACGAUCGGCGAUACCGGAGCGGAGGAAAGUCGCGGCGGAGGGCGAGGACGCGUUGGCGGGCGAGCUCGAAAGUAUGGUCGUCACCGCGGAGCCGAAAAACUUCGUGCGGAAGACUGUCGAGACGCAAAACGAAGCGACAGAGCCGACGAAGGAGCUCACGGAGGAGGAGCGUCGGGAAAUCAUAGCUAAAAUUGAGUUGGAAAAGGCGCGCGUGAAGGAGGCGGAGCUCAAGGCGAAGGUGGACGUGAAUCCAUUCCACGUCGACGACGAGGGCUGGUACGAUUCCGAUGAAGAUCCGUUCGAGUUGUUGAAGAUGGUUGCGGGUAAUAAGCGCGCGAUCAUCAUGCCUAAAGGUUACGAAGAUCCGGACGAGGACGCCAUGGAAACUUGA